GUAUUGGAGCAGCAUGGCAGGGACGAGUCAUACCACGAGGCUGUGCCACCAGACGCAGUUGCAUUCCCCCGCUCCACUCACCAAGUGCAACAGCUGGUAACCGCGUGCACUGCCGCCCGCGUGCCCGUCAUUCCCUAUGGCGCCGGCACGUCUCUGGAAGGCCACGUGGCGGCACUCUGUGGGGGGGUCUCCAUUGACCUGUCACAGAUGAACGAGGUGGUGGAGGUACAUGCAGAGGACAUGGACUGCAGGGUGCAGGCAGGGGUGACACGUCAGCAGCUCAACCACCAUCUGCACGACUCGGGCCUCUUCUUCCCCGUUGACCCAGGCUCGGAAUGCACCAUAGGGGGGAUGACAGCAACAAGAGCUUCAGGCACCAAUGCUGUUCGGUACGGCACGAUGCGAGAGGCAGUGCUGGGGGUCACUGCAGUGUUGCCCAACGGGCAGAUCAUAAAAACGGGCAGCCGAGCACGAAAGUCCUCCUCUGGGUAUGAUCUGACUCGCCUGAUCGUGGGGAGCGAGGGAACACUGGCUGUUGUCACCGAGGUAGCUCUUCGCCUGUAUCCCCAACCCGAGGCUGUCUCGGCUGCUGUCUGCCCCUUCACCUCCAUCGCCGGUGCUGUGGACACAGUGAUCGAGACAAUUCAAACCGCCAUCCCCGUAGCACGCAUAGAGCUCCUGGACGAAGUGCAGGUGGAUGCGGUGAAUCGCUACUCCAAGACGCACCUGCACCCGAGUCCCACGCUCUUCUUUGAGUUCCACGGCACUGCUGCUGCUGUAGAGGAGCAAGCUAAGCAGGUUUCGGAGAUUGCAUCUGGCAAUGGGGGGGGCUCGUUCGAGUGGUCAACAGCUCCUGAGGAGCGAUCCAAGCUGUGGGCUGCACGCCACUCCGCCUACUAUGCUGCGCUCGCUCUCAGACCCAACAGCAAAGGCCUCCUAGCAGACGUGUGUGUGCCCAUCUCGCGGCUCACAGAGCUGGUGCUGCUAGCCAAGCAGCAGAUAGAGCAGGCUCAGCUGGUGGCGCCCAUAGUGGGGCACGUGGGGGAUGGCAAUUUCCACGUGCUCUUUAUUGUGGAUCCAAACAACCGGGAUGAGCUGGCAGCGGUCAAGCGAGUCAACGACAGUCUUGUGGCGCGUGCCAUCUCCGUGGGCGGCACAUGCAGUGGCGAGCACGGUGUGGGGAGGCAUCGUGACUCGCCCGUGUCAUUUCCCUUUUCCCAUCUCCCUUUUCCUCCCCUCCUUAUUGCCCCCUUCUCCCCUCCCAAUCACCCCCGCGCACAUCCCCCGAGCAGCUAUGGCAAGUUGCCAUUCUUGGAGUCGGAGCAUGGGAGGGCAGCACUGGAUGCCAUGGCAGCACUCAAGGCAGCAUGGGACCCACUCAAUCUAUUUAACCCGGGCAAGCUAGGCCAGUUCCGCCUGCCCUGA